AUGGUGUACAACGAGAGACGAAACAACAAGAAAACAGUGUCCUAUACCAAACAAGUGGAUGUGGAAAUCGGCACAAACAGGGUUUCACUAUUCAAAGGCAAGAUAUCCCAGGUGAAUGAAAGAAAUGUAAACAUCAGAGAAAUGCCCUUUGAAAAAGAUGGCAUUUUGUUGACGACUGUAGGGCGCCGUUUCGUCAAACUUCAAUCCCCGUCUUGCGGAUUGACCGUGCUUUGGGAUGGCAAGCAUUCUGUGGAAGUGUCUGCCGACAAGGGUAAGUACGGCGGCAAAAUGACUGGAAUCUGUGGGGACUGCAAUGGAAAGAGAGACGACUUCCGCUUGGCCAAUGGAACAAAUGUAUCACAAAUGCCAGCAAAGGAAAAGUACAGGGAAAUCGGAGAUAGUUAUCGCGUGACGGAUGCAAAGAGUCCUAUAUCUGCAUGUGGUCCUACACCGGCAUUUUCAAGUUGCAAUCCGGAACAGACAAAGAGACUCAGUUCCAAUGCAGUAUGUGGAUUGAUGGAGAGUACAUCCGACGAAAAUCCAUUCAAAGCAUGCGUCAAUUGGAUGAAACAGACUAAAGAUGCAGACGGAAACAGUCCAUUUUCUUCUUGUCUUAUUGAUGCUUGCAACAACGACGGAGCUACAUUGAAGACAGUGACCUGCCCCGCCUUAGAGGAAUUCGAAGAAGUAUGUGUAGAGAGUGGUUAUGCCCCACCAGAGGUUAAUAACUGGCGAAACAUCACUUCCUGUCCAUUGACAGAGGUUGAAAAAUGCAGAGAAAAUGAGGAGUACGUAGAAGAUGGAAGUGGAUGUCCCAACACUUGCCUGUCCCCAAAAUCAGAAGAAAGCUGUUCUGAUCCUGAUGUUGCAGGGUGCCAGUGUAAGAAAGGUUUUGUGAGAGAUGGAGAUAUCUGCAUGCCUGUCAGUCAAUGUGGAUGUUUCCUGUUUAAUGAACGCUUUUUGGUGAACGCAAGCACUCUCUCAAAAAAUUGCAAGGAAAGAAUGGUAUGCACACUGAAGGAUGAUGUCCCACAGAUUAUAAAGGAACCAGCAGCUUGUGGUGAUGAUGAAAUGUGUGUCGAUAUCAAAGGAAAGGGAGAGUGUAGAAAAGUCCCUUCUACCACCCUGAGAUCUCCAAUUCCACCGACAAAAGCUUACUCACCACCAACUGGAAUCAAAUGUGGUAAAAAGCACUGUGCAGCAAAUGCAAAAUGUGUUGACAAUAGUGUGUGUGUAUGCGAAGAUGGAUUUUAUGGCAUUGGUGAUAUAAGAUGUUCAAAAAUGUGUACAUGUGGAAGCGGUGGUCCCAACCUAUUUGAAACGUAUGAUGGCAAGAUUCUUCACUUCUCUGGAAAGUGUCAAUAUCAGAUGUCAUCCUACACAGAUCCUCUGGGUUCCUGUUCUUUUUCGGUGGACUUAGUAAACAAACGAAAGGAGGAAACUCAUCUCAUCGUCAAAAUUCUAGGAAUAAACAUCAAGUUGCUCCAAAGCCAACAGAUACAAAUAAAUGGACAGGAUCGUUCCCUUCCUGCUGGUAAUUCCAAGUUUAUAAUCUACAAAGCUGGUUUUGCUAUUAGGCUGUUUGUUCCGAGCUGUGGUUUCUUAGUCAGUUGGGAUGGUGACACCAACAUGUUAAUUUCUGUCCCAGUUGCGUAUUCUACUGGACUUGAUGGUAUCUGUGGCAAUUGUAAUCAAAACAAAAAAGAUGACCCGACCACUGCUGAUGUGUUUUCAAAGUACACAGUGACAGCAUUGUCCAGAUCAACGUGUGAAAAUGCAUUCUCCAUCAAACGUUGCAACAGACGAUCUAACUUGAUGAUGAAGAUGCGAGUUUGUAAAUACCAGGAUCGAGCGAUCAAACGAAAAUGUAAUCAGUCGUCCCAAGAAAGUAAAACGUUAAUGAAGGCCUGUAUUGACAGUGGUUGUGACUCCAUGGCUAGAAGAAAGAAUAAAGUUGCAAUAGAGACUGGAUGUCAGACGUUAGACUUGUUCUCUGGAAUCUGUAGGGCCAAAGGUCAUGAUGUCAAUUGGAGAAUAUUCCCGCUUAACGAUUGCAGACGACCAAGAUGUAAGUCAAGUGCAAACAUGGAGACAAACUUUGGUAAAGGGAUAUCGGGUUGUCCACAGACUUGUGGAUUUGCUUUUGAGGGAAACUGUACUUUGCCCUUGGCUGAAGGCUGCAAGUGCAAAGAAGGCUUUGUUUGGGAUGGAGACAACUGUGUGAGACCUAGCAAAUGUGGCUGCACAACGCCUGAAGGGGAUUAUAUAAGUUUUGGAAAGUCUCUGAUCAGCGAAGACUGUUCACAUGUAUACAAGUGUGUCAGGAAAAACGGAAAAGCAACACUGCGGGAACAGCCUGGACCAUGUGUGAAUAAAAAUUGUAUUGUUGUUAAUGGCGAGCCAAAAUGUACAACGUGUAAGGAAGGGUUUGAAAAGACACCUAACGGAUGCAUUCCAAAGUUUACCACAACAACAGCAAUCCAAACACCUGCUUCUAUGCCACCCCAAGGAGCGCCUCCAGUGGCCUUUUCCCAACCAACUCGUUCUCCUGUCUUAUCGCCUUCAACAGAUUCAAGUACACCGCCAAACACACCGGCGACUUCUACAUCGGCUUUUAUCUCUACAGAAGGAACGACUCCUUUAACUUCAGUGGCUGUGGCUCCACCGACUCAGCCUACCGUUUUAUCGCCAUCUAUAGGAAAAUGUAUUGAUAGUGAGUGUCCUGCAAAUGCUGAGUGUUUAGAAAACAAAUGUACCUGUAAAUCUGGCUUCAUUGACGUUAUGGGGGUUUGUGAAAAAAAAUGUAUCGAUAGUGACUGCCCUACAAAUGCUGAGUGUUCCAACAACAAAUGUACCUGUAAAACCGGCUUCAUUGACGUUAUGGGGGUUUGUGAAAUGAAAUGUGAAGAUAAAAAUUGCCAGUCUAAUGCACUUUGCAAAAAGAACAAGUGUGUCUGUGUGGAUGGAUACCUAGACAAAGGUGGAAUUUGUGAAGUUAAAUGUGUGAAUAGUGCAUGUCCCUCAAAUUCAGCAUGUGUAGACAACAAAUGCAAAUGUCAUUCCGGAUAUGUAAAAAUCAAUGGCGAAUGUGAAGUGAAAUGUGUGGACAGUGAUUGUAAAGCUAAUGCAGUUUGUCGUCACAAUAAGUGUACCUGUAAGGUGGGCUUCAUUGAAAGGAGUGGUAGCUGUGAAGAACUUUGCCACUCCUUUAACUGUCCACGAUUUGCUUCAUGCGUCGACAACAGAUGCACGUGUAACAGAGGAUACGUAAUGAUCGGGAACAAAUGUGAAGUAAAAUGCGUUGCUUCGAAAUGCGCGCGAUAUGCCGAGUGUCGAUCCAAUAAAUGCCAAUGUAAGAGAGGUUAUAUUGGAGAUGGUGCUACGAAGUGUCAAGAAAGCUGUGGAGGAAGAGUUUGUGGAAAGAAUGCUCGAUGUUCACGAUAUGGACGAAGAAAGAAGUGUAAAUGUGUUAGUGGCCUCUAUGGCGACGGUUUCACUUGUACAGAUACCUGUGGGGGGAAGAAAUGCCAUAUGUAUGCAAAAUGUAAACAUAACAAAUGCGUCUGUUCUAGGGGUACUUACGGAUCAGGCGAAACUUGCAAGAGACUGUGUGGGUGGAGGCGAGUUCGAUGUGGUGACAAUGCCAGCUGCUAUAGAGGAAAGUGUAAAUGUGAUGGAGGAUUCGAAGGGGACGGUAUGGUCUGCAAAAAACUUUGCACAUGUGCAAUAACGAGUGACAUGUGGUAUAAUCUAUACGAUGGGAACUUUGUGAGGUUUGCUGGAACUUGUAAAUACACUUUGUCUCAAUACAGUAAUACCAGUUCACCUUGUCAAUACAAGACGGAGAUAAAAUACAAAAAGACAGACUCUCAGAGAAGGGGAACGACAUUAGAGUACAUCGAAAUCUCUGCGGCAGGAAGGAAGAUACACAUGGGUAGAAAUUUAGAAGUCAUGGUGGACGACCUUCAGAUUUACCUACCUUACACAUCCGCAGCCGUAACAAUCCACUACAGCGGAAUAGGUGUGGUCGUCCUCUUUAAUGGCUGUAGUAUUCGAUUGUUCUGGAAUGGCAGAGGAAUGGUGGCACUGUCUGUUCCGUUAGACUUCGGUGGUUCUUUGACUGGAAUCUGUGGAAACUGUAACAAAAAGAGAGACGAUUUGAGAACUAAGGGUGGUGAAGAUGUGUCGAGUUAUGGACAGAAGGCUGGGUCAUAUAUUGGAAACAGCUAUUUAGUGAAAGAAAUGGAUAAUAACCAAACGUAA